UACACCACAAUCUUUUUUUGUUAUUCACUUCAUUAUAUCUUUAUUUCUCUAACUGCGUGCGUUUCUACUUUUUUCAAUUUUCUGCGCACUAUUGUUUAUUUGUGUGCAGCCGACUCCGCCUAUUUUUCUUCUUCAACAGUCAAGUCUCUCACUCUUCUCGUCGUCUUUUGCUUUAGUGUGUGUGUGUUAGUUCCAGCCACGCCUACUAGUUUUGUGUGUAAGCGACAGCGACGACAAUUCUCCAACAUUUUCACGUUCAUUCUCAUUUCAUUCCAAACAACAGCCAGCCGCUAAAUAGCAGCAGAAAAUAGCUUUUUUCUGCUUACUAAAACUACAUAUUAUAUAUUUACUAGUCUUUUUCUUUAACUACUUCUCUUUCUCUUUAAAGAGAACAGUGUUAGAAUUAAGAGGUAGACAGCAUCAACAUAACAAAAAUCCUCAAUAAAAAGUAAGGAAAAAAGAAAAGAUUGACAAAUUCUGAUUUUAAUUACAAUCUCAAUUUACAACUAAACAUCUAUUUUGGAAAAUUUUUGAAAAAAGUUAAAAGAAAAUGCUUGGAAGACUUGUUAACAAAUUCAAACGCCAAACCUUACAAGAUGGUGCUAGUGGCGAUGCUUCACCUCCCGCUCAACUUUCACCUCCACCACUUAGAGAUACAGAAACUGGAUGCCCAACAACUCGUCGAAGUGCUCGUUUAAAUGAAAAGGCUGACAAAGAAAGUGUUGAAUUUACAACAAAUUCUUCUGUGUCUUUAGCUUUGUCUCAGUCACCUCCAACUACGAGAGCAAGACGUGCACAAUUGGAAGCAGCUGCCGCUGUUUCAGAACAAAAACAACAAUUUAUUUCGAUUACUUCUCGACCUACUUUUGGUGGAAAUUAUCAAUUUGGUUGUGCAAGUAGUGAUAAUAAUCUACGCCAUUUGGCUAAUCCAACAACAAAUAUAUUAGCUACUAGACCUCCCCACCGUCCAUUGGCACAUUGUGAUAGUGGUACUGAAUCUUCGGAUGAUGAUGAAGAUGAUGAGGAAUUGGAAAUGUUGGAUUCUCUUUCGAAUGCUUCUCGUGCAGCUUUAGAGGAAGGUAUUGGUCGAAGUCCUCCAACUUUGACAAGCUCACCUCCAUUGAUCAGCGAAAUUGAAACAAGCAGUUGGGAUAGUUGUGGAUGUGAAUCGGGAAUUGUUUUGCGUGAUUCGGCUGAGAGAGACGAUGCUUCCCGUAAUGUUGAUUUGUUGGAGGCUGCUUUAGGUGGUGGGGAAUUGGUGCUUGAUAUUGAUGGGAAAAAACAAAUGGGGACGACAUUUAGCGAUGAGACAGCCGGAACUACUCCUGUACAGAGCAAAGACGCAUUUCCGGCACAUUUUCAUUCCUCUUCUAUCACAAAAACUUCAAGUAGCGGCACACUUCCUUUGCCAAUUGACUUUUCUUCAUUACGUCAAUCUGAGCUUUUUGGUUCUGCUAAUGUCUUGGAUGACACACCGACACCAAUUGGUUCUCAUAAAACAACUGGACAGGGUGCCGCUUUAAUGGAAAUGGCUGUUGCUGAGAAUAGAGCAAAGGCUGAAGAGAAUACUCAAAAUGAACCCGGUGCACACCAAGGAGCAUUCCGUCGUGUUUUGCGACGAAAUCGGCGUAAUUCCAAUUCACAAACUUCAAUUUCUACCUCAAUCGCUGCAGCCCGCACUGUUUCUCCUUUAGGCGUUGGUUUAGGGGAGAAACGUCGUUGGGGUGAUCCGGCAUUAACAACAGAAAUUAUUACAACAACAACAACUACCUGCGUUACUCCUCAAGAGAUUUUAAUUCAUCCUCAACAACAACCUGAACGUUCAGAGACGCCAAUUGCUGCUAGAACACGAGCUGCUAGUAUGUUAAUGGCUACAGCAAUGUUGGGAAGUGGUCCAAAUAAUAUCGACUCUUCAAAUGAUCGUCAAGUUCUCACAGCAGCUAGACGUACACGUGUUCGUAUUUUAUAUUCAGCUUCUCAGCACCAACAACAACAAAAGGGAGGAUUAGCUCCUCCAUUUCAACAAAUGCCACAAACAAUUCAAGGUAGACGAGGACAAGUAGCUCCAAUGUUGGGACAAUCACCACCUUAUAUGUUGGCUAAUAAACGUGGAAGACACUGCUCUAAGAGUGGAAUGUCUCCACCACGUCCGUCACUUAAUUUUGAUAAAAUGAGAAAGAGAAUGUUAAACAAUGUUAGUAAUAAUUGUAAUGAUUUGGAAAAUUUGACUUUAAAUGAAAAAAUACGAGAGAAAAAUGGAACUGAUUGA